CGCAGCCUAAGACACUUGUGGUUCCCUAAACCAUAUUGGGAGGGAUAGGAUUUUUAAAGCAAUUUGCUCCAGCCUCCCCUCUGUUUUCACUCUAAUUCUACAGCCUGCUCUAGGAGGAUUGAAAUUGGCGGCUUGAGUGUUAACUCGCCCAUGUAAAGCGACCACGGGAGCUCACCGCUGCAAUAACUAAACCUGUCUUGGCAGUAAGAGGAUUGGUUGACUGUAAAAACAUCUGCCUGACGCUCGGUUGAAGAGCGUGAACGGCGGUUGAGGAAACAAGUAAAGUCCAGCGUCUCACGAUCACCGACGAGCAUAUGAGCAAGUAGCCUACAGCUUUUGAUAGUAUCGUUUAAUGGCACUUUACGGUAUUGAAUAGGGAUGAUACUAAUUAAUCUCCUAGUAGGUGUCCAUUUGCCUAUCAAUUUAGUCAUUGCGCGCAAGUGGUUGGUUUCGGUUAUGCUCAAUGGAGAGCAAACGGAUUCUUCACUUUGUCGGUAAAAGCAGUCACGGUAUGGCUUUUUUCCUUAUUCACCUGCUUUUGCAAAUGGGAUUCGUUUUCGGAUCUAAUUAUGGGUAUGUGGAAUGGUCGGAUAACGACAAAGAAGCUGAAAUACGAUCGAAGGACCCCACUAUUUACAGCACUCAAAAUACUUAUUACCCAGGACCCGCAACGGAGCGCACCGUGGUGGCGCACAAAAUCGAAGAGGACCUGCCUAGGGUGGUGACAGCUUUCCUGCACACGGGAGACUCAUCGGCUCUUGAACAAGUCAACUGUUCUCGGAGGUAUGAGUUGAGUAGCCUCCGCGGUGGAACCAAUGUGGCCUCAUACUAUUUUCUCCAUAGCGUGCUGGACACUAUGGCGCACGCGACCAACUUUCUGAACAUGAUUUUACAAGCUAACAGGUCGCGAGAGCACAGCCUUCGGAGGGAUAUUCACUGGUACCACGCUCUGGUUCGGAGUAUUCUCGAGGGGGACCCCAAAAUUCACAGGGCAGUGGUUGCAUUCCAUACUGAUGCUCCGACGCCGGAUCCUCACGUUUUCCUUCAAGCGACAAGAACUGAAGGGGAAGUGGUCCUCCAGGACCUUUCCAACUCCGCUCACCACCAUCUCAAGAGCAGGAGCCCGGAUUCUGAGUGGUUUAACGAGUUCAGGGACCGAAAGAAAACGUACAUGCAGAGAAGGGCGUCGAGCCGAGACCCUGUAGCCACUCAAAAUGGCUACAUUCUCGACAAAAGUCAAAUCAAGUGGUCUGCGCCUUACCUGGAAUGCGAGCAUGGGAAUUUCGUACCACACUGGCUACUCACCUUGUCUGCAGGGUUCUAUGGGUUGAAGAUAAAUUCCGCGCCCGAGUUCAGGGGUGUGGUUCGAGUGGACGUCAACCUACAGGAUGUGGACAUUGACCAGUGCUCCAGCAGUGGCUGGUUUGCUGGGACUCACCGCUGUAACCUGACCAGCAUGGAUUGCAAGCCCAUUGCCGGCCAUGGAUUCGUGCUGGACAAGUACAAGUGCCAAUGCCGGAGAGGCUUCUACCACCCGAGCAGAGUGGCACUCAACGGCUUUACAAAGAGCGGUGGUCACACUCUCGGCGAGGACCCCUCGGAGGUGUCCAGUAAGUGUCUGCCGUGCCGUGAGGGCUGCCCCUACUGCCGGGACGACACGCCCUGCCUGGCUCAGGAGGACGGGGCCCUCCGGCUUUCCGUAGCCUCCUUCCAGGGCCUCUGCAUGCUGUUGGACUUAGUGGCCAUGAUGCUGGUCUACCACUUCCGCAGGAACAAGAGGAUCCGAGCGUCUGGUCUCGUCCUCCUGGAGGCCAUCUUGUUUGGAGCCUUGCUUCUCUACUUUCCCGUGAUGAUAGUCUACUUCAACCCCAGCGUGUUGCGCUGUAUCCUACUGAGAUGGGUGCGUCUCCUGGGCUUUGCCACAGCCUACGGAACAGUGAUCCUGAAGCUUUACAGGGUGCUGAAGGUGUUCCUGUCCCGUACGGCCCAGCGGACCUCCUACAUCACCAGCUGGCGGGUGCUGCGUCUGCUGGGGGUCAUCCUGCUGGUGGUGCUGUGGUUCCUGGUGGCCUGGACCUCGGCCGUGUGUCAGACACCUGACCGGACGUCGGCCCUCAUCGAUGUGGGCCUCGCCCCCGACGGGCUGCAGUUCAGCAUGUGCCUACUGGACCGCUGGGACUACAUGAUGGCAGUCGCCGAGUUCCUGUUUCUUCUGUGGGGAGUGUACCUCUGCUAUGCUGUCCGGACCGUACCGUCAGCCUUCCAUGAACCACGCUACAUGACUGUUGCCAUAUACAAUGAACUCCUCAUAUCGGCAGUAUUCCACAUCAUUAGGUUCACUCUCGCUCCUCAUUGGCACCCUGACUGGAUGCUCAUGUUGGUCUUCGCUCACACACACCUCACCGUGACUGUGACUUUGGGGCUGCUGCUUGUACCAAAGUUUCUGUCCACAGGGAUCCAGGCGAGUGAUGACAUUGCCACUGAAGCCUAUGAAGAGGAGCUGGACAUGGGCCGCUCCGGGUCCUACCUCAACAGCAGCAUCACCUCAGCCUGGAGCGAACACAGCCUGGACCCCGAGGACAUACGGGACGAGCUCAAGAAGCUUUACGCCCAACUGGAGGUCUACAAGCGCAAGAAGAUGCUGGCCAACAACCCACACAUGCAGAAGAAGCGCAGCUCCAAGAAAGGCCUGGGCCGCUCUCUCAUGAGGCGCAUCACUGAGAUGCCAGAGACCUUGCACCGGCAUGGCAGCUAUGGCAGCCGCGAGGAACGUGUCGGUAGCGAGCACGGGAGCAACCGCAGCACCCUUCGACGGAACCCCUUCGACUCGUCCCACUCAGGUCACAAGUCCAGGGAAGACUCUCUGAAGAACAAAGUUCUGGGCCUGAAGAAGUCACACAGCUACGACCACGUUUGUGACCAAGCUGAGGAAACUGCCGGCGGAGUGGGCUCUGGUGGGGACAAAAUGGCCACCGGCGAGGGUUCCUUGCUGGGAUCUCUCAUUAGGAGGCAGGUUAAGAAGUCACCAGAGCCUGCCCCAAAGGUGGAACUGGCCGAGACAGUACCCUUGGUCUGCAAGUCGGCCAGCGCGCACAACUUCACAGUGGACAAAAAGCCCAUUCAGCUGAGGACGUCCAUCAUGCAGAAGUCGCUGAGUGUCAUCACCAGUGCCAAAGAGAAGAUGCCUGGUCUCACCAACAAGACCAAUAGCGCGGAGGAUGCCAGCAAGAAGGGACUCAAGGGGCGCGAUGGGAGGAUGCUGUCUGAGGUGGACGAGAUGGAGUGUUAUCCUAAGAUGAUCAUCAGCCAGUCGGUAGAGUACUCCAGGACGCCCAUGGCCAAGAUGGGCAUCAUGAAGCAGCAGGUGAGUGGCAGCCAGCCGUCCAUCAAUACAGAGCCGGGGAGAAACCUGUAUGACCUCUCUGAGGUGUGCUCUUGGGAUGUGGAGGACCCCCCAACCCCCUCAGAAGGAAGGUCCCAGAAGCAUGUGUCCAUUGCUCCAGGAGAGACCACCACGGUCCACAGGGUUGAUGGUGGUGGCACGGUUAGCACCAAGGGCAGUCGCUCCCAACAGAAGCAGCAGAGGGCCGCGGGGCAAUCGCCUGCAGGCCGACAGCGCUCCAAAGACAAGGGGGGUGAACGAGAUGAGGCCAGAGAAACAAGGAAGCCCAGGUCUCCCAGAUCUCCGCUCCCACUCAAACCGGAGGUGUGCCCCUGGGCCUUUGAGGAGCAGCCAGUGUUGGGAGGCGAUUCAGAUUCCAUCUCCCCAGAGAGGAUCAGACAUAAGAAGAGCGUCACACCCACUGAUGGGAAGCCCAAGAUCCUCCACUCAGACUACUCCAAAUCCACGGGGAGUCUGCUACUGCCGCCCACCCUGAUGGUGGACAUCUGUCCCUGGGACUACAAUGAAGCCCCAGCCCCGCCCCCCCCCAGCCAGGAGAAGACCUGCUCCAGCCCCACCCCUCACUCCAAGCGGAAACGAAAAGGCUCGUGCUCCUCCAAAGAAAGGGGAGAGAGGGGUGAGAGAGAGAAAGGAGGAAGGGACAGGGAGGAAGAGAAGCAGCACAGGUCAAAGAGCAAGGAGAGCUCCUCCAGCAGGCCCUCGGAAAGACGACGUGUCAGCCAGUCAUCAGAGGGUGGUCCGGUCACCGUGCCAACAUCCGGGAGACGGAGGAGCUCGAUGAGAGACCCGGAGGCGUCGGAGAUCAAGAGGGCGGAGGCGUGCCCGUGGGAGGUAGAGGACGCACAUGCCAGCGUAGCACAGACUUCUCCAGCGAAAGAAAACAACUCUCUGAGUUCUAAUUACAAACAACCCGUAAGCACUGCUAAAAGGGUUGACGUUUGCCCCUGGGAUUUUGAAGACAAUGGGUCAGAGAAAAGUGCAUGAUAAUCAAAAUGAUAGACUAUAUGUUUUGUAUUCACGGCUCAAAAGCAAACUGGGUUUUAAAGAUAAGGGUGGAGAAAACCUUUUUUGCACAAGUUGCCCUGUGGUUAUGUCAAAAGAAAAACAUGACACUACGGUCUGUUAAAGCAUUCCAAACAAAGUAUUUGUUGAAUUACAAAGUUGUGUUGUUAGUUGUGCAAUUAUGCAGCUUAAAGUCACUUUAUCCGCAAUGUAGAGAAAUGUUUAGUCGGCACUAUUUGCUUGUACAUUUGCUCAGUUUGCAUUUGUGCGCGUUUUGUCACACUCUUCAAUACAUUAAAUACAUCCUUACUGCCGUGAGGGAAUUUACACUGAAUUAAUUAGACAACAAUCGGAUUUAGACUGGUUUGUACGAGAACGUGGGACUGAUUUUAACCAGCCCAUUUUUGUAAACAACUAAUUGAUGAUAUUGUCACCUGUUCCAUUAUGCUAGACUGGAGUUCUCUUUCGUCUGAAUCCUGCACCUGGGUCAUUCUUGUCAAGUAGUGGGCCGAGUAUUUCAGAGUGUUGGUCAUCUGGAAGUGUAUAAUGUAACUUCCAUAUGAAGCACAGUGCACAGAUAAUUAUACCAUUAAUUCUGGGGCCUUAUAGAUUAUACAAAGGAUGUGAAUUUGAAGUGUUGAGCAGGAGAAAUAGCUACAUAGGUGCACCUUACAUACAUUCGCUACCACUUGUGUAGCAUCAUGAGGAUACACCCCCUGAAGAAACAGUGUCUCACCUGUAUUUGGUCUCCUUUCAGUCAAACAUGCUUUAUGUCUGUACAAAAACAAACUGAAGUUUAUCUUUGAUGUAUACGUUUUGUAAAACUGCUAUAGCAUGUGGCAAAGCACUUCCAAAAAUUGCUUUGUGCCAAUUAAUCAACUUACAUCCAAAAUGCUACAGCGUUUGGUAAUGAAGGUGUAAUACUUGAUCUUGCCUAUUAUAACGAAAUGUAAAUUCAAAGUUCUCCCAAACGUAAAUGCGUCACAUAAUUUUAUUAGUGCACACCGCGUUUUGUAAUGGAAAACUUUUGCAACGGAAAUAAACAUUUCUUAUUGGACAAGUUCAGCUUGGUCCCGCCCUGUUUCAGUCUGUUUUCCUCCAGUUGGUUUCCUGGUGAAUAAAACCCAGCUAAUUCGUAACACAAUUCUGCUGGAUCCAGUUACACUACAGGAAUGCUACAGUGACUUCUGCAUGACAGCAAACCUAUUGGCCCAACGUCUCACUGCUCUUAGCGAACGCUGCUCAGUUAAAACCUGUUUGUUAAGUGAACUUGUACCACUGUCGUCUUCGUGCUAUAACGCUUGGUUACAAGCUGUUGGAUCCACACGGGAAUAUUUAUUUAGUACAUUUAUAUUGUAUUCUGUUGUAAUCGCAUGUACAUACAUAGCUCCCCCCUAGACCUGCAAUAAAUAUUUAUAUAAAACUCUA